CAUUCGGUAUAAUAAAAAAAGAAGAAGAAGGGAAGGACUUCCGGGGGCGUCUGUGUGCGGUUUAAAGAAGAGACCUUAUAGGACAAUAACUAAAUGGAUUAUCUCCAACUGUACCAAAUUGAAAGCUUGUCCUUUGAAGAAAAACUGGAGAUCAAGCGGGAUAUUGUUGUGGAUCGAACAGCUGUGUACCCUGCAGAUGUCCAGCAGCUGCUAGUUAUUAAAGAAGAGGAUCCCCCUGAAUCAAGCUCCAGUCUGAACCAGGAGGACCCAGAGCCUCAAGAGAUAAAACGGGAACAGGACAUAAAACAGGAAGAGGAGGAAGUCUGGAUCAGACAGGAGGGAGAGCAGCUGAAUGGGCUGGAGGAGACUGAUAUCACCAGCUUCACAUUCACUGGUGUUCCUGUGAAGAGUGAAGGUGAUGAAGAGGAGCCUCGGUCCUCACAGCUUCAUCAAAGCCCAACUGAAGACAACAGAGAGGCAGAGCCUCCGACCAGCAGCUCAGCCAAACAGGUGAAAACAGAAAGCAUUGGAGAGAACUGUGGAGGAUCGGAACCAGCAGGAGACCUGGAUCUGGACAAUCAUUUACAACCAGACACUGAUGAAAAGGCUUCAGACUCUUCUGAGACUGAAGUUGAUGAUGAUGACUGGCAGGAACCUUUGUCAGAUUCUGACCCUGAUGCUGAAGACAGUGACAGUAAUCAGAAGGAGACUAGGGCAUCUGAGUCAGGUGGAUUUGCUGUGAAGUACAAGGAAGCCCCUAUAAGAGAUGUGAGAUGUAAUACAGCCAAAAACUCCUUUGGCUGCUUUAGGUGUGGUAAACGAUUUCAGUAUAAGGAGUCUCUUCAGAGACACAUGACAUGCCAUUCUGGAAAAAGAUUAUUGGUUAAUCAGAAAUGUUUUGGUGUGAAGCAGAACGUAGAGUCACUGAAGAGAGUCCACACAAGGGAGAAACAUGUUAUUUGUGAAGUUUGUGGUAAAAGAUUUACCUACCGAUAUAAUCUUAAAAGCCACAUGAGAAUUCACACCGGAGAGAAGCCAUUUGUUUGUGAUAUCUGUGGUAAAAGACUUAGACAUCAGGAAAGUCUGAAGAGACACAUUAGAGCCCACACAGGAGAGAAACCAUUUGGAUGUGAUGUUUGUGGUAAAACGUUUAAACAUCAGGAAAGUCUGAAGGCACACAUGAGUGUCCACACAGGACAAGACCCGUUUGGUUGCACUGUUUGUGGUAAAAGAUUUAGACAUCAGAGCAAUCUGAGAAGACACAUUAGAUCCCACACAGAAGAGAAAUCAUUUGGUUGUGAGGUUUGUGGCCAAAGAUUUAGACGUCAGGAAAACCUGAAGAGACACAUAACAGUCCACACAGGAGAGAAACCGUUUAGUUGUGAUGUUUGUGGAAAAAGAUUUGCACAACAGAGAAAUCUGAAGAGACACAUAACAGUCCACACAGGAGAUGAAUCAUUUAGUUGUGAUGUUUGUGGUAAAAGAUUUAGAGAUCCGAGAAACCUGAAGACACACUUGAGAAGAGUCCACUCAGGAGAGAAACCGUUCGGCUGUGAUGUUUGUGGUAAAAGAUUUAGCGUAAAGACGCAUCUUAAGAGACACAUGAGAAUCCACACAGGGGAGAAGCCAUUUGAUUGUGAUGUUUGUAGUAAGGCAUUUAGACAUCAGGGAAGUCUGAAGAGGCACAUGAAAACCCACACAGGAGGAAGUCCCUUUGGUUGCAGUGGUGGGAACCAGCUGCUAGUUAUUAAAGAAGAGGAUCCCCCUGAAUCAAGCUCCAGUCUGAACCAGGAGGACCCAGAGCCUCAAGAGAUAAAACGGGAACAGGACAUAAAACAGGAAGAGGAGGAAGUCUGGAUCAGACAGGAGGGAGAGCAGCUGAAUGGGCUGGAGGAGACUGAUAUCACCAGCUUCACAUUCACUGGUGUUCCUGUGAAGAGUGAAGGUGAUGAAGAGGAGCCUCAGUUCUCACAGCUUCAUCAAAGCCCAACUGAAGACAACAGAGAGGCAGAGCCUCCGACCAGCAGCUCAGCUAAACAGGUGAAAGCAGAAAGCGUUGGAGAGAACUGUGGAGAAUCAGGACCAGCAGGAGACCUGGAUCUGGACAGUCAUUUACAACCAGACACUGAUGAAAAGACUUCAGAUUCUUCUGAGACUGAAGACAGUGAAGAAGAAGAAGAUCCUGAUUGGAAAGAAUCUUUGUCAGAUUCUGGCACUGAAGCCGAAGAGAAUGGCAACUCUUUGGUUAAGAAGAAACGUUUUAGAGUGAAGCAGAAUGUAGAUUCACACAUGAGUAUCCACACAGGAGAGAAACCAUUUGGUUGUGAUGUCUGUGGCAAAAGGUUUCAAAGAAAGAUGAAUCUGAAGCAACAUGUGAGAAUUCACACAGGAGAGAAACCAUUUAGCUGUGAUGUCUGUGGUAAAAGGUUUAACCAGACCACUGGUCUUAAAACACACAAGAAAGUUCAUACAGAAGAGACACUUGUUUGUGAUGUUUGCGGUGAAAGAUUAAAAUAUCAGACAAGUCUGAAGCACCACAUGAGAGUCCACACAGGAGAGAAGCCAUUUAGUUGUGAUGUCUGUGGUCAAAGAUUUAGAUGUCAGGUAAGUCUGAAGAGACACAUGACAGUCCACACAGGAGAGAAACCAUUUGGUUGUGAUGUUUGUGGUCAAAGAUUUAGAUGUCAGGUAAGUCAGAAGAACCACAUGAGAGUCCACACAGGAGAGAAACCAUUUGGUUGUGAUGUCUGUGGUAAACAAUUUGCUGAACAGGGAAAUCUGAAGAAACAUAUAAGAAUCCACACAGGAGAGAGAUCGUAUGGUUGUGAUAGAUGUGGGCAAAGAUUUACCAGACAGUAUCAUCUAAAGAGACACAUGAAAGUCCAUGCAGAGAAGAAGAAGGACUUCCGGGGAUUUCUCAGUGUGUCUUAUUUUCAAGAGGCAGUGAUUUCUUUGCGAGAGAAGGACAACUUUAGGGACGGGAGGGAAAUGGAUUAUCUUCAGAAUUUCAAAGGCGAAGAUGAAGAAAAACCGGAGAUUACGCGGGAUACUGUUAUGGACCACACAGCUGUGCUCCCUGCAGAUAUCCAGCAGGUGCUGGUUGUGAAAGAAGAAGAUCCCUCUGAGUGGAGCCCCAGUGUGGUCAAGGAGGACCCAGAGCCCCUACAGGUAAAACGGGAAGAGGAGGAAGUCUGGAUCAGACAGGAGGGAGAGCAGCUGAAUGGGCUGGAGGAGACUGAUAUCACCAGCUUCACAUUCACUGGUGUUCCUGUGAAGAGUGAAGGUGAUGAAGAGGAGCCUCGGUCCUCACAGCUUCAUCAAAGCCCAGCUGAAGACAACAGAGAGGCAGAGCCUCCGACCAGCAGCUCAGCUAAGCAGGUGAAAACAGAAAGCGGUGGAGAGGACUGCGGAGAAUCAGAACCAGCAGGAGACCUGGAUCUGGACAGUCAUUUACAACCAGACACUGAUGAAAAGACUUCAGAUUCUUUUGAGACUGAAGACAGUGAAGAAGAAGAAGAAGAAGAAGAAGAAGAAGAAGAUCCUGAUUGGAAAGAAUCUGACAAAGUUUCUAUCCAAUCAGGAGAGAAACCAUUUGGUUGUGAUGUUUGCAGUAGACGAUUUACUAAACAAGGCUAUUUGAAGGCACACAUGGUUGUCCACAUGGGAGAGGAAUCAUUUGGUUGUGAUGACUGUGGUAGACGAUUUACUAAACAGGAAAACCUGAUGGCGCACAUGGUAAUCCAUACAGGAGAAAGCCCAUUUCGUUGUGAUGUUUGUGGUAAAAGAUUUCAACAAAAGAUAACUCUGAAGAUACACGCGAGUCUCCACACGGAAGACAGGCCAUUUGGUUGUGAUGUUUGUGGUAAAGGGUUUCCACGAAGGUCAGGGCUGAAGUUAAACAUGAGUGUCCACACAGGAGAGAAACCGUUUGCCUGUGAUAGUUGUGGUCAGAGAUUUACCAGCCAGCAUAAUCUGAAAAACCACAUGAGAAGCCACACUGGAGAGAGACCAUUUGGUUGCAAUGUUUGUGGUAAACAAUUUGCUGAACAGAGAAAUUUGAAGGUACACAUGAGAGUCCACACCGGAGAGAGACCCUUUGGUUGUGAUAGCUGUGGUCAGCGAUUUACCAAACAGUAUAAUCUGAAGAAACACAUGGGAGUCCACACAGGAGAGAAACCAUUUGGUUGUGAUGUUUGUGGUAAAAGGUUUGGAGAACAGCGAGAUCUGAACGCUCACAUGAGCGUCCAUGCAGGUUCUUGAUUGAGUUCUUCAUUCAGAGGGGUCGUUACUGGAGUAAUUUUCUUCUGAUUGACAAUCAUGGUAAAACUGUGAUGGUGGUUGGACAAUUGCGCGAGCCUGGCUGCCAGAUGUGACGGCUUAUCAAGCCAGUUGGGCCAGCUACUAUAUAACCUGAGCUACUACGAUGCAGAAUAUAUGCAUCAAGUCACCAGAUAUCUUCUUUGCUUGGGUGAGGGUAGGAUUCAUGGGUGUUCAUAACUCAGACAUGUUCAUGUUAGGGUUGGAGAAUCAUGUCCAGGCGACCACCUCGUAAGAUGGAUAAAAUAUUACAAAUAGUGUGCAAAUCUGUCACCAAGACAAACAGUGGCUAUGUUGAGAAAUCUGAACUAACUAAAGAUGAGAGAGCAGUACAGUGCAGUAAUGAGCUGUAUGUUGCUCUGAAUGCAGCACAGGAAACGAAGGUGCAGUGGAGAAACCAGUCAAAGGCACAGGAAGCCAGUUUCUGACAGUGGAAAAACUGUGAAUGAACAGGUUUGUCCAGACUUAACUGGUACUGUACAAAUGAAAUAUUGUGAAAUAAGCUGUAACAUGAGAAGAUUAAAGACAGACCCUAAAACUAAACUAAAAACGACAUGAACAGGGGUUUAAAAGAAAGAACUAAAGCUGUGUGACAAUGUGAGUGUUGUUUGUGAAUGUGUGCAGCUGUUGAAUCUUACAUGCUGUGAAGACCUGUGACACCAUCAACCUAACUGAUGCACGUGAGCAACCAGCUGGUACUCCUGAGGUACUUCCCAAGUCUCUUAAAGGAUGGGUCCUCGAUCAGUCCAGCAAGGGUCCUGGAUGUACCAGGGCUCCUGUCCCCGCUGUGAGGAGCGAGGAAGCUUCUGGAGAAGCCAUAUUCGUCUUUUUUGAAUCAACAUGCCGCUUUAUUGCAAAUCAGUUGGUGACUGGACGCUUCAUAUGAAGGACGGAAGGAAAGAACAUCUCAUUAAUAACAUUCCCCUCUCAUCAUUUCCUCACAUCUCACGUUGGCGUUACUAAGGCACAAGGAAAUGAUGCAUGUGAGGGAAACAGUGGUUAUAAGAGACUGUACCCCAGGUUUUUGUUAGCUGUCGUUUCCUUGUCGCCUACUGCUGAUGAUUGCUGCCUCUGCCAAGGAGGUUGUUUUU